CUGUAUCAUGUGCCUGUAAUCAUGAAGUAUGUUUCAACAUUUCAAUAAAAAACUCGUAUGAAAAUUGCUGGAGUCAAUUUACAAUAUCACAUAUAUAGAAUGACAGAAAGUGAAUCAGCCAUGUCAAUGAUAGAAAAUGGUAAUGAAGAAUUACCAGCGGCAAAUCAAUGGCUUUUACCUUCUAAAGAAUUUCAUUAUUUGUGGGAAAACAUGUAUUAUGAUUCAGAUAUAAAGCAAAAUUUAUUAAAUUUUGUGGAAACAGCAGUAAUAUUUUCUGAUAAUAAAAUAAAUCCUAAUAUUAUAUCAUGGAAUAAAGUAGUAUUACUACAUGGACCACCAGGCAGUGGAAAGACCAGCUUGUGUAAAGCACUGGCACAAAAAAUUGCAAUUCGUUUUGGACAUCGUUUUACAUUUGUGCAUUUAAUAGAAAUAAAUAGCCACAGUUUAUUUUCAAAAUGGUUCUCUGAGAGCGGAAAAUUGGUAAUGAAAUUAUUUGAUGAGCUUAAAACUCUUCACAAUGAUUCUAAUCGAUUAGUUUGUAUUUUAAUCGAUGAAGUAGAAUCAUUGGCACAUGUUCGUAAAUCCUGUGUUAAUGGUACUGAACCUACAGACUCCAUACGUGUAGUAAAUGCUUUACUUACCCAAUUGGAUCAAAUGAAACAUUAUCCAAAUGUUCUAAUUCUUACAACAAGUAACAUGACUGAAGCUAUUGAUUUAGCAUUUGUAGACCGUGCAGAUAUAAAACAAUAUAUCGGUCAUCCCACAGAAGAUUCUAUAUACAAAAUAUAUAGUGCCUGUAUAAAAGAAUUAAUGAGGACUGGAUUGAUAGAACAAGAACAAUUAUUUAAUCUUGCUUAUCUUAAAGCUCAUGGUUACGAAGAAACUUAUGAGACAAAGCGCUGUUUAAUGCUAUUGGAAAUCAGUAAACAAAGUUAUGGACUAAGUGGACGUACAUUAAAAAAAAUACCAUUUUUAGCAAAAGCUCUUUUUAUACAUUCAAAAAAAUCUACAUUGGCUCAAUUUUUGAGAGCAAUGCAUUAUGCAAUCGAAAAGCAGAAAGAUGAUGUGUUGGAGCAAUAAAAAAAAAAAAAAAAGAAAAAAAAUGAAAAAAAUGAAAAAAAAAUGAAAAAAAAAAAGAAGAAAACCAUCUUUAUUUUUUUAUUACACGUAAUAACAUUAUUCAUUGUACAAAAUCUAAGGGAGAAAUAUUUGAUUAAUAAUUUUAUUACGUAUUUUAAGUAUUUUACAAUAAUUCUUAAUCUAUUUAUUCGUACGUAACGAUAUAAGUAA